AUGGCCGCAGAUUCAUCAGUCUCCUGGACAACGGUCCCUGGUUUCCUCCAGGACAGUGAUGCUCAAACCGCCAGGUGUUUCCGACGAGUCCGGUGGGACCGGCUGUGCUCGAUCGCCUCGAACGCCAACCGUGGCCUGAAAUGCGUGCCCCUGGACCGGGUCGCGAGCGGGCUCAACAACGUCGUCCGCGAACUCGAGUUCUCCGACCAGACUCGGUGGGCGGCGCGGGUGCCGAUCGAAAGAGGCGGGCCGCCCCAAGCGCGCCGCAUCAAGCUCGGCGACGAAGUUGCGACAAUGCAGUUCAUCACGGAGCGUUCCAGCCUCCCCGUGCCCCGGGUUUUGACGUACGACACGGACGAGGACAAUGCUGCUGCGGCCCCUUUCAUGCUCAUCGAGGUGCUCCCCGGCAUCGUCGCCAUGGACGCCCUCGGCGGCUACGCAGAACACCGCGGCGUGAUACCCACACGGGAUCGACAGACCUUUUACCAAUCCGUCGCCAAGUGUCAUGUCCAGAUGACGGCGUUGCGCCUCCCCAAAAUCGGUGCCAUCAUCCGAAGCCCGGACGCCGGAUAUGAGUCCGGCCCGUUGCCGGGGAUCGGCGGCCCGUUCGACACAGCGGCGGCCUUCUUCGAGGCCUGGGCCGACACCGUCGAGUUCAAGUGGGACAAGGAAACGAUAACGCGCAUGAUGCAGAGAGGCCCCAUCUCGGCCGAGCGCAUGGUCGCCAUCAUCGACGGGUUCCCGCGGCGGAUCAAGGCGAUGGCCGGCCGGCUCUCCCGCCACAACGAGGGGCCGUUCCCCCUGUGCCACGGCGACUUCCUCCACAUCAACAUCAUGGUCGACGAGGCCAGCUUCAACGUGACCGGCGUCAUCGACUGGGAGGACGCCUGCACCGUCCCCUGGGAGCUGGUCGCGUUCCCCGAGUUCCUCCAGGCCAUGCCCCCCUCGUUUGACCUGCCCCAGCACUACGGCUGGGACGGGCAGCCCCUCGGCCGAGAAGCGAGGGAAAGGUGGCGCGAGCGGCGGGAGUACGUCGAGAUGGUCAAGUCGGCCGAACGGGACAGCGGUGGCGACGACGACCUGCUCUCGGCUCACCUCGGCAGCGACCGAAGCCAGGCUCUGGCCUACUCGUACGGAGCGUUUACCAGCACUGGGAAGCUGGGGUUCUACGAAAGAGUGAUGGAGGAGAUGGAGAAGGGAGUCUGA